CCCAGGGAAAAGAAUCAAAUAUAACCUCUUCUCUAGGAGGGAAGUGUUUAGUCUCAAGUCGUGUUGGAAGAUCUAUUUUGGUGAAAACUAGGUGUCUGGGACUAGGUUACUUUCAGUCCUGAGUCCUGAUGUUUGAUCACUUGAUGUUUUGUAGGAUUGGGUCUUGUCUUAUGAUUAUGUGGCUGAUUUCUGCCUCUGGUGAAAUGAGCUGUCCAGAACUUCCUCCAGUGGACAAUAGCAUCUUUAUUGCAAAGGAGGAAGAAGGACAGAUUUGGGGGACUUACCUUUGUACUGAGGGCUACCACCUGGUAGGACAAAAAACUUUUUGGUGCAACAACUCAGAAGAGUGGGAUGCCUUCACCCCUGAAUGCCACUUGGGCCACUGUCCUGAUCCUGUGCUGGCAAAUGGUGAAUUCAAUUCUUCAGGGCUGGUGAAUGUAAGAGACAAAGUCACGUUCAAGUGCAAUGAGCACUACAUCCUCAAGGGCAGCAACUGGAGCGAGUGCCUAGGGGACCACACCUGGGGGCCUCCCCUCCCCAUCUGCAAAAGUAGAGACUGUGACCCUCCUGGGAAACUGGCACAUGGCUAUUUUGAAGGAGAGUUCACCUCAGGAUCUGUUGUUACUUAUUUCUGUAAGGAGAGGUACCGUUUGGUGGGCCCCCGGGAGCUGCGUUGCCUGGAAGGGGAGUGGAGCGGCGAGGUUCCGGCCUGUGAGCCCAUCCCAGAAGCCCCCAAACCAGCCCAGCAGAUUGCGUUUGAGAAGGCUCUGCAGGCCUUUCAGGAGAGUGAAGACCUUUGCAGUGCCAUCAAGAGCUUUCUGAAAAGAUUAAAGGAAUGUGGCUUACCAGUGGACGAACUAAAAUAUUCUCUGGAGAUUAAGAAAGCAGAGUUAAAGGCAAAGAUACAGCAACAUCAUAGUUGAGAAGAUUAGUAACAGAAACAAAACUAUGAAUAAAAUUU